AUGGCCAUUUACUCUCCAAUUGCAGCUACCUACGGUGUUCGUGUCCAACAAUUCCUCGAAUCGCAACAUGAUUUUUUUAGAUAUCAUGACAAAUUGAAUAAAAAAUUACAAAAACUAAGACAUAAUUGCGGUUUAGUCACUAAAGAUACUAAGAAAUACACUACCAAAGAGAAAUAUUCCAAAAUUACAUCCGAUGAUUACGAUAAUAAGAACAAAUUGUUCGGUGCUUUGGUCCUUUUACACGCUGAAAGAGAUUUAUCAUUAGUCGAAACUUUAAAACUAAGAGGCCGUGAAAGAGGUAAAUUAAAGAAAAGUGAGAAAAAAGUCAUUGCUACAAGAUUGAAGAAAGUUGUUAAAACGAUUGAAAAUUUGGUGGAAUUGACUGCCAAUGAACAAAAUUGGGUUACUCGUUCUCAAUAUUUGAUUUUCGCAAAAUUGGCUACAGUGGAAUAUUUAUUAUAUGGUAAACAAUUCAAACGUAAAGAAAGCUCUAAGAUCGCUUACGAUUUAGCAUUAGCAUUUGCAUCGUUAGAUCAUUUAUAUAAUUUGAAACAUCUAGAUGAAUCCAUCGUGGAAUCUCUUCAUUCCAGAUACGAAUACACUUUAAGACAACACGCUGGUAAUCUUUUAUCUCAAGUCGAUUUACAAAAUUUUAUUGCUCAUCAAGUUCAAGAUACCCAUGAAACUGAUGAAUUGGCUAAAUUAUUAUUUAACAACGGGUUUACAAUUAAAUUUCAAGAUGUGGCAAUGGAAGACGUAGAUUCUAUAACUCAUAUUCAAUGGAGAUCUUUCACUACAAAAGUUCAUGAUUCUGAAGUCGCUCAUGCAAUUGAAGAAGCUAAAAAUACUACAAUUAAAGAUGUUGCAGAUUAUAGUACUAAAUUGUUGAGAUGGAAUGACGCAUUAAAUAAACAGGAAGUUCGUAUGGCACAAUUUGAUGAAGAUGGUUACCAAACUAUGAUAGCCACUGAUGAUGAGGAAGAUAUUACUAAUACUAGAGAGAACGAUGAAAUCUUAUUAUCCUAUAUCAAAUAUAAUGCCAUUUCUACUUCUAUCCUUCGUGAUAAUUUUAUUUUCAAGCAAUUAUGUAAACAAUGGAUUGCAAUGAAUUCCAAAGCGUUAUCUUCGAGAUUGAUUAAAUUCAAAGAAAUAGAUCGUAUCGUUAAAAACUUAUUGAAAUAUUUACAAGAUUUAAUGGAAUUACCUGGUGUUUAUUCAGAUGAUGAAUUGAUGAACCAAUUAGCUUUAACUAAACUAUAUUUCCAACUUCAUCUAAAUGCUACUUGCCUUGCGUCAUUAUAUCAAUCGAAGGGUAAGUAUGUUGAAUCAUUGGCCCUAUAUGUCGACUCUUACCAAAAAUUGGAUUCCAAAUUAUAUGAAAUUGAUAUGGAAUCAGAAGAAUCAUUAUUAUUGCCAAUAGAACUUUUGAAUAAAAAGAAUAUCAUCACUUUACAAAAUUCAAUUAAAACCGGAAUCAGUAACGUCAUUGCCUUAGCAGAAUAUGAAAAGACCAUAAAUAAGACCACAACAAAUGAUACCAUAAACAAUAAUAAGAAUAAUAAAUAUGAACUAUCCAUACUUGAAAAGUUCAGUAAACAUGAAAAAAUUUAUCCAAAAAAUAUUAAUUUGAAAAAUAUUUUUCCAUUGCAACCAAAAUUACAACCGAUCGGUAGCAAGCCAACUUUAUUCGAUUUGGCUUUCAAUUAUGUUAAUUAUUCGGAAGAAAAUGAAAAUAAUAAAUCUGUUUCUGUCACCCCAGAAUCUCCUCCAGGAACUCCAUCGUCAGAACCACCAGUAACAAAGAAACGUGGGUUUUUAGGACUAUUUGGACGUUGA